CUGAAGCGGUGUCGUAUGUCCCAUUGGAGCCAUGGAAGAAGCAUCAAGGACUGCAUUCCGGUGGCAUUUUAACGGAUGAAGGCAAGUUAAAAAUGUGUUUUUGUUUUGAUAGUAAAGUUUCACGUGAGUUACUGUGGACAUAUCAAAGAUUCUGCUUCAGUACAGUUGUCUUUUGAACAAGUUUGGUCGCAAAGUUUGGUUUGUUUUUGUCGGCACCAACGAUGUCCGAAGAAAAAGAUCAUUGCGAACAGCUGACGACAACUGUGGCAAUCGCACAAGACGGUCUGCCGGCGAACCCUAGGGCGGUUUGUAGCGCGUGUAAACGCUUGUACCGGGAGCCUAAAAUCCUGCCGUGCCUGCACACCUUCUGCUUGGACUGUAUCAGCCACUUGGAGCCCUUUUCAGUUCACGCUGGUCGCAACCGGGACGCCCCAGAACGUAAGGGCAGCGACGGGGGAACUCCGAAAGACAACGCCACACCGAUCACCGUCACGGUGCUCUGUCCCGACUGUGACUCGGAGGUGGACCUUCCGCCUUCAGGGCCUGCCGGGUUAACCAUUGACCACUUGGCGUUAGACGAAGUCUUUCUCGAGACCCUGGUUCGCAACGGCCCACUUGGGUGUGACCUGUGCGGCGAAGGACUGGCUGAGAGCCGCUGUGAGGUCUGCUGUGUUAACUUGUGCGAGUUCUGUUUUCAAGCGCACAGGCGUCAGACGCGUACAGCGUCUCACUCCAUUCAGCAAUUACAGGAUCUCAAGUCUCACAGUCGCCUCUGCCGUCCCAUCCUGUGUGCCUUCCAUCCUGGACAGGAGCUGCGCCUCUUCUGCCAACCCUGCGACCUACCAGUAUGUCUGGAAUGCGCCGCAACUCUCCACUCCGAGCACCGCUGCAGUCCUGCCCAUGAGGUCAUUGGCUGCCACGGAGACCACAUCAGGACACUGGUCACUGUCCGCCUGCGACCUCACCUGCAAAGACUGGAGCAGACACUGCAAAAGGUGGAGGGUUCCCAGGAAGCUUUGCAGACAAGAGUGGAGGCCACAGCCAAUGAGGUUAGGGCAUUCGCUCGAGGCUACGCCGGUGCGGUGGAAGCUCACUGCCUCGCCCUACUGCAUCGCCUAGAGGAGCUUCACAUCCAACGCAAGAACCAGCUGCAUCUGCAGAGGGCACAGCUGCAGCAGGCACUGUCUGAUGUCCGUGGUGGCGUGGACUUCGCCGACAGGCUGCUGGGCUGUGGCUCGGAUGCAGAGAUUCUCAGCACAAAGGGUGUGACGCUCAGGAGGCUGAGCAGCCUGGCAGAGAGCAGCUGCAAUGACCAGCUAGCUGCACUCGUCCCCGAUGACGGCAGCGGUAUUCACUUUGAUCCCCAGGGCCUGGCAGGUGAGGUGAGCGGCUACCCAGUGGUGGGCGUAAUCCACUUUAAGGCUCUGGACCCCAACAAGUGCACGAUAGAUGGAGAAGGUCUCGAGCAGGCUAAUGAGGGCCAGCAGGCUCACUUUACCCUGGUUUGCAGAAACUCCAGUGGGGACCAGAUGGCACGUGGCGGGGAUCAUGUCCUGGUCAGCAUUGUCCACAGGGAGAAGAAAAACUGUGUGGUGGAAAGCACAGUGGUGGACAACAAUGACGGCUCUUACAAAGUUUCCUACACGCCGGACGAGGCUGGAACAUACUCUGUGUGGGUUUGUGUCAAAGCACAACAUGUGAAGGGUUCCCCGUUUAUUUUGGAUGUAACGAAGAAGCUGAGGCUUCACACUGGAGUGUUUCACUGCUGCUCCUUCUGCUCCAGUGGAGGAGCCAAGGAGGCUCGCUGCGGCUGUCCAGGAACUAUGCCCGGAGGAUUUCAAGGGUGCGGUCACAACCACAAGGGUCAUCCCGGAAAGCCACACUGGUCAUGUUGUGGCAGCGCCACGGAGAAGUCAGAGUGUUUACCUGCCAGUGUGAUCAAAGCCGUUUCAGCGGGCAAACACGUUCGCACCAUCGAGCUCUGAGGUUGGACGAUAUGGUCAAUGACGAGACAAACAGGAAAUUUGGCUGCUUGACUGUGUUGCUAGUAAGCCAUCUCCAUAUGAUGUGGAACAUUAUCCGGCUAUUACUUUAGCCCCUUAAUUUCUUUUUCUGUUGCUGGUCCAUCUCUCUGGAAUGACCUCCCACUGAACAUUCGGCAAGCCUCCUCGCUGCCCAUCUUUAAAGCCCUCCUCAAAACUCACUUGUAUUCUUUGGCGUUUGACUCAGCAUGACUUAGAUUUGCUAUUGGUUUUACUGCUUGGUGCUUUCUACCGCCUUAUUACUUAUUACUGAUUCGUCUUACUGUUUAUUGUAUAUGUUAAAUCGCUCCAUGUACAGUACUUUGUAUGCAGCGAUGGCUGUUUGAAAGUGCUCUAUAAAUACUGUUGACUUGACUUGACUUAAUUCUAUAACAACAUUGCCUUUGAGCAAACAAUAAAAUCAAUGUGCCAAUUUUUUUUAAAAAGCACGAUUUUGCAGACAGUUGUGCAAAAUGUUCAUAUGGUGGCCAAGGGCAUAAAUUUAGUCAAUUCACAGGCAGGGUGAGUCAUUAUGAGGGGUAAAGCAUUUAUUCGUACAAUUACCGGUACAUUUUAAUCAUUGUUUCAGACUGGCGUCUGAGAUUUUCUCAUGCUGCUCUUGAGCUUAGGAAUGAACUUCUGUUAUCUGACUGAGAUAAAUACACUGUUCACACCUGUUCUCCACGUGUUGGAAAAAGGAAGCAGUCUAUCAGACGGCUUUUUUUUUUCUUAUGAUUGACAUAAUAGUGAGGAAAUACAUUCAUUAUAAGCUAUCCAUACUGAACAAUGGCUGUUUUUAGACGUGUUGCAAAGAAGCAGUGACAGCUCCGACGAAAGUUGAAGUGAAAGUCGAAACUGUCAACUCGGUCAGAGUUUUUCUCUUCACAAAAGAAAAAGACCAUUAUCGGAGGAAAAAAAAGAAACCGUAAACCUAUUUCAACGAAAAAGAAGACAAGAUGAACGCCAUGCCCCUAAAAUUCUGUGUUGGGACUACUACUUCCUUUUGUCAUCAUUGAUUUAAAAAUACAGUACAAUAUAUUUUCUAUGAAGUAUGAUCACAAUAUUUCAGGAUUUAUUCCAUGGUCCUUAUAAUUGCCGACACCGUAUGCAUAUACAUAAUGCCAUUCUUGCAGUUGACAAGCUCCCUUUCUUUGCCUUAAUAUGACUACAAUUUCCUGUUUUUAUGACAAAUGUAUGAGAACGGUGAUCAAUUUUCUCCAAUGAGUGUAGAUGUUGCUAAAUGCUGUCAGUAAGUGCUCUUAUUCCACACUGUACAAUCAUUGAAUAUGCAUGUUUAACAGAAAUGAUACAUUCUUGACAUUGUAAUAAACAAGUGUAUGUAUAAUGAUGUAUUAUUAUUACUGUUAAUUGUUUAGGGAAAAAAGUGUUAGUUUAGCUCACUUUUGUGCUGGUUCGGUGUCCGAGAUAUAUUUUGUAUAAAAUGGUGGCAAGUGCACUUUUUAAAUGAAUUAAGCGUUUGUUUCUUGUUAUACCA